GUUCAGGUGAAUUAAACAUAUUCAUACUUGUUGAUUCCUCUCUCCCAGGUCCCACGAGUGUCGCCCGACCUCAUGCUGACAAGUGCUGUGUCUCUUCUGUUCCAUCGUUUGUGUUUUGCUCAAAGGGCGUUAUAGCUAUUCUGACCCGUUCCACAAUGUCUUAUCCCCCACCACCAGGCUCAGGACAGCCACAUGGAGGAUUCUAUCCUCCACCACCAGAAAACGGACAAGCAUAUCCUCCUCCGCCCAUCUCACCACCAGCCAACGCCAACUACUUUCCUCCACCGCCAUCAGGACCGAGCCCUCCUCCCAACCCAGCAUUCCCUCCACCACCGAUAUCCCAGAUAUCGCAAACGCCAUCGCCUCCGCCUCUCCGACAGCCCACAGCGCAGCGACCUUAUAACUACGGCGCAGUUCCAGCGUCAGCACCCGCCCACAGAACAACAUUCGACCAUGCGGCCAUUCACCAACGUCAACCCUCCUACGAUGGCCCUCCCCCGGGCGAACCAGAAGUCGGCACUCAACAAGAGAAGACUCUCGUAUCGCCCCAGCUGCGGAAGUUGACGAAAGAGAUGGGCAACGUGAUGAAGGCGCAAACAGGACCACGCAUGCCAGGUGUGCCCGAAGGCGGUCAGUUCGUGGGUGUUCAAGCCACCAGCGCAUCAGACGACGUGGGAACUUUCAACGGCGGCUCCUACCGCAUCUCGCACCGGGACACGAACUCGAUCAUAACGAUUCAACUGGCCAUGGGCUGCCCGAUCACCGCGAAGCCUGGGGCCAUGAUCGCCAUGUCGCCGUCGGUGACACUGAAGGGAGCAUUCAAGUUCAGCAUGAAGAAGAUGCUGAUAGGUGGUGAAAUGGCUCAUUCCACGUUCACGGGACCCGGAGAGUUGCUGCUCGCUCCCAGCACGCUGGGCGAUCUGGCCAUGCUUCGACUUUCGGGCAGCGAGACCUGGAGCGUCGGCCGUGACGCCUUCCUCGCGUGCACGCAGGGCGUCAUAAAGGAGUACAAGCACCAGAGUUUCAGCAAGGCGAUGUUCUCGGGCGAAGGGCUUUUCGUCUACAAGAUGUCCGGCACCGGUCUGCUGUGGAUGUCGUCGUUCGGGGCCAUUCUGAGAAAAGAUCUCAUCGAGGGUGAACGUUACAUCAUCGACAACGGCCACCUCGUGGCCUGGAAUUGCAAGUACGUGCUGGAACGUGUCGCGAGCGGAGGCAUCAUCUCCGGCUUGUCCAGCGGCGAAGGCCUGGUCUGCAAGUUCUCGGGCCCUGGCACCGUCUACAUGCAGACCAGGAACCCGACGGCCUUUUCAGCAUACAUGAGCGGGACGUCGUAUCGGGAAUGAGAGCGGCCGUAGUUCAGCAUCUUGAAACAGCGAGCGUCUGCAGAGCCUUUUCUGAAUUUGAAUCUGAAAAGAAACGAAGAGACAAAAAGAAAAGAGAAAUGUAGAGCCCGUUACUCCGUUUUGUGUGCUUGUGCGUCAAGUUUGGUUAUUUAGGUACUUUUCUCUUCUAUGUUGGUCGUGCAGGAAUUGCGAACCUGUCCUCCAGGACACUCGUUGAAACCAAUCUGGGAUCGUGAUAUUUCCAGCACCCUACCACACUACUGAUAUCCUCCUCUCCUCGAAAGAUGAACCCGUUUCAUGAUCUCAUGACAAAAAUACCAUCUUCAAUCUCAAUCUAAUAGGAAGCGUCGUCUCGCCUUUCCUUUCAG